AUGGCUCGUACAAAGCAGACCGCCCGUAAAUCCACUGGAGGAAAAGCUCCAAGAAAACAACUUGCCACCAAGGCCGCCCGUAAGAGCGCACCUGCCACUGGUGGAGUAAAGAAGCCACAUAGAUACAGGCCAGGAACAGUCGCUCUUCGUGAGAUCAGAAGAUACCAGAAAAGUACUGAACUCCUCAUCAGGAAACUCCCCUUCCAGAGAUUAGUUCGUGAAAUUGCUCAAGACUUCAAGACUGAUCUACGUUUCCAGAGCUCUGCCGUUAUGGCCCUCCAGGAAGCCAGUGAAGCUUACCUCGUUGGUCUUUUCGAGGACACCAACUUGUGUGCAAUCCACGCCAAGAGAGUCACCAUCAUGCCCAAAGACAUCCAGUUGGCUCGCAGAAUCCGUGGAGAACGUGCUUAAACUGACCUUUACUCUAUACAAUAACGGCCCUUUUAAGGGCCACCAAUAUUUUCCAAAAAGAGUCUGAAUAUGUUGUACAUCAAAAUCAAAUAUAGCUGAAACCCCCUCUCCACAUCUUUCUUUAUUCUUCUUUCUCUCCACAUCUCUCUUUAUUCUUCUUUCUUAUUAUCU